AAACUUGGUUUGAUAUUUAAAGAAGCCAGUUCUAGGAAGAUCAACCCUCAGCACGAAUAUCACUUUUUCCACAAAACUUUUCAGGAGUACUUGGCGGCAUUAUAUCUCGCACCCAAGCUACUGAAUGGGAAAGUUAACGUCUUUCGUGAUUUGAAGUUAAAAUUUCGUGAGGUUACAAGUAAAUACAAUCAAGUGUUUCUCUUUGUGUUUCGCAUGCUGGGCGAAGAUGCUAAUACUCUGUUUGAUCACAUUGCUGAGAAUCUGCAGAUGACAGAUUGGGACUGGCCGAAUUGCACCCGGCAAGAGGCGACUUUCUUCAUUGAGUGUUUCAGUGAAAAUAGAAAUGCUGAACAAAUGGCAGUGACUCUAUGUUCCUAUGUCCCGUUUCCUGGGUCAAUAUUCAUUGACAUGAGGGAGAACUCAUUGAGAGCGUUCCCAUCUGUUGUAAAUGAUUGCAAGAGCUUCACACAAUUACAACUACCCGUUAAUCUUACCGUAUUCGAUUCGGAUGCCCGAGUACCGCCCGGAUUUCGUGAUUAUCCUGUUAUUGAAGAUUGGGGUUACACAGUUGGUGAUGAUCCUGAUGAGUUUCUAGCCUCGUACUCAAGUCUAGAAACUAUUGUCGUUUCUAAUUUUCAUGAAGAUAUAGACGUAACACCAGCUGUGUGUAGUGCACUUAAAGUGAACUUAUCUUUACAUUCCUUUACUUUUGAACGACAUUUUCCUUUUUCCUCGGAGGAGGCUGUUGCUAUUGGUGACAGUUUAGCUGCAAACAAAGCACUACAAACCACGACUUUAAAACUGUUUGGUGAGAAUUGGACGACUGUUCUUGAAAAGGGAUUGUGUGGAGAAAGUCUGCUGACAUCUGUUGUUCUGGAGAUCAGUGGCUCGGUAAGGGAAAGUGAAAAAAAGCCUUUGAAAAAAUUGUUAUUGAAGAGAUCGCUUAAAUCUCUUAGCCUCGCUUUUUAUGGAGACAUGCACGAUUCAUUGGCGACUUCAAUCGGCGAAGGACUCGCGACUAAUCCGUUCUUACAAUCCCUCACAUUGAUUGUUUCUGGAAGCGUCAGCUGCUCUGCUUUCACUUCGUUAAAAAUGGGUGUUCUUGGAAAUAGUGCUUUAAAGUCACUGGAUUUAAAAGUGUUUGGAGGACUUCCUGACAACUGGGUAAAUAUCAGUGAGGCUCUCUAUGCUGCUAAAAGGUCGUCCUCCCUGUCUCUUACAAUUAAACCGGACGUAGUUGGCAAAAUAAGAACUCAACAGGUGGCCCGCUGUCUUCGUCCUUUUCGAAAUGAAAGAGUUGGCGCGUUUAAACUGCAUUCAUUUACUGUAAACAUGUGGGGAGAGUUGAGUUGCAGUGGAGCAAGUGAUUUAUGCAAACUCCUGAUAGCAUCAAGAGUUUCCUGUGUUAAUUUGAAUAUCCACGGACGAGUAACA